AUGGCCAAGCUCAUCAGCCUCAAAACGCUAAUCCUGAACAACAACCAGUUCUCGGGGAGCAUCAGGGGGCUCAUCGGCAUGCCCAACCUCCAGAUUCUGUCGUUGCGCAACAACAAUCUGUUUGGGCGGCUGCGCGAUCUGCUGAGCAAGAUGGAGCUGCUGGAGCACGUCGACCUCAGCCACAACGAAUUCCGCGGCAAGCUGCCGCGCUCCAUGCGCCUCAAGCACCUCAAAAGCUUUGACCUGUCACACAACAAUCUCACCGGCAACCUCCCAUACGGCUUGCACUCCUCCAAACUCCUGGAGACGCUCGAUAUGAGCUUCAACCAGUUCAUGGGCGUCAUUCCGCCCAUCUGGGGCUCGCUUACGAAUCUCAAGAAGCUUUUCCUGAACGACAACUUACUCAACGGCUCGCUGCCAGUGGGGAUUGCAAGCUGCGUCAGUCUGCAAACACUUGAGCUGCAGAACAACGCCCUGGCAGGCCCCAUCCCGCCCAAGUUCGCGCUGAUGCCCAACCUCAAGGAGCUCUACCUCAUGAACAACAACUUCUCCGGCAUGCUCUCGGGGACCUACAAGGCCCACAAGAUCCAGCUCUUCGCUGACGGUAACCCAUAUCUGUGCACUGAUUUCGACAACAACGGCAAGUGCGACUCGGGCAGAAACCCCGGGCUGCCCACCAACCCCAACCUCUCUCCCCCCGUCGAGCCCGCCCAGCCCCCGCCGUCCGAGGGGCCGGUCGAGGGGACGCCGCCUGCGGGAGAAGCGGGAGGGGCAGGGGGCGAGGAGACAGCAGCAGCGGCGCAGGUGGUGUGUUCCGCAGGGCAGACAGAGAGCUGCACGUGUGCGGAGGGGCAGACUGGCGAGAAGAAGUGCCUGGACGAUGGCACGGGCUAUGGGGAGUGCGUCUGCGCUGCUGCGCCCCCGCCGCCAGCAUCAGGGGGGUCAUCCUCCUCAUGGAAGUGGCUGAUAGCGCUGCUGGUGCUCAUUCUCAUCGCACUGCUGGCCGUGGCGGGCUACUGGGGCGUCAAGUCGGGCUUCAUCGGCAAGAGCAAGGGCGCGGGCUGGGAGUACGUGGGGCGCGUCAAGGCGUUCCCCGACAUGAAGGCGUACCGCUCGCAUGCGUAUGACCCGGAUGAUCUCGACGGUUACGGCGUGCCUGCGUUUGACUCCCUGCCCAAGCACCCCAGCGACGGCUCGGCGGCCAAGACAGGCACGGCGAAGCUGACUCUCACGCGCUUCUCCCUGGACGAGCUGCAGCUAGCGACCAACAACUUCAACGUGGAGAACGUCAUCAGCACCGACGGAGUCUGCCGCACGCUCAGCGGCGUGCUGCCCUCGGGGCUGUACGUCGCCGUCAAGGAGCUCGACCCCCUCGCGCACGAGUCCCCCGAUUCCUUUGUCGCCGCGGCUGAGAUGUUCAGUGGUGUGAGGUGCCCGCAGCUCGUGGAGGUGCUGGGCGUGUGCGCGGAUAGGAACAGCGGGGGGCGGCGUCAUCAUCUGCUGAUCUAUGAGCUUGUGCCCAAUGGCAGCCUUGACAUGCACCUCCAUGACCUGGAACCCGGCACUCUGCCGCUGGACUGGACGACGCGCAUGUGCAUCUGUCUGGACGUGGCCAAGGGGCUGGCGUACCUGCACUCGCUGCACCCGCAGCUCAUGCACCAGGGGCUGCAGGCCACGUGCGUCGUGCUCGACGACCACUUCCACGCCAAGCUCGCCGAUUACUGCCUCCCCACCCUCGCUGCUAAUAGUUCUGGGGGAUCUGCUGCUGCGCGCACCUCUGCUCUCACGCACUCCGUUAACAUGGCGGUGGCAGCGGGCACGGCGGCACCGGAGCUGGCAUGGGCGUCAGAGAUGACUCCCCGGGUGGACGUGUAUGCCUUUGGCGUGCUGCUGCUCGAACUCAUCACCGGCCGCCGCCCCGUUGACAAUGCGCGCCCGCCCAACGAGCAGAGCCUCGUGCACUGGGCCAAGUCGCGGUUGUCGCAGCGGUCGCUGGUGGAGGCGAUGGUGGAUGAGAAGCUGCAUGGCUCCAUCUCCACUGCCGCCCUCUACCAGGUGGCGAUGCUGGCAUCGCAGUGCAUCCACUCGGACCCUGAGGCGCGCCCCACCAUGGCACAGGCAGUGGAGAUGCUGGUGAAGGUGCAGAACCUGCCACUCGACUCCACCUCCACCCGCCAGACUGCCGUGAGUGCCUGCGCCUGCAUGCUCAUGCUCGUGCACAACCACACCAUGCACGCACCCUCUCCAGCUUCCUGCACCGCUCUCCCUCCUCCCUCCUCCCUCCUCCCUCCGCCCCAUCUCCCCAUCCCCUCCCUUCCCCUCCUGCACGUGCAUGCUGCCUAA